UUGACAUUUACAAACACACAUACACACAUUUCAAACGCUUUCAACUUCGAUUUGCUCUCAGUCUAUUCUUGUUUUUUAAACAAAUUCCAAUGAAUUGGAAAUUGCCAGACAAUCAUUUCAGUGAAUGUUGAAUAUUUUGUCGGGUAUUGAUUAUUACUAAUUCAGCAUCGGGUAAAUUGAAUAUCGAACCGAACAGUAAAAUGUGUGACGUGGUCGUAUCGUCAGAGGAAGACAGCAGUGACACCACAGAUGAUGAUUUUGAUGUCUUCAUCACAUUGGGGCGCUCUUACAAGCCAAUGGAGAAAACCAGAUGGAAAUUUCCAAAUACAAAAAUGUGCCCAAUUUGUCAAAUCUCUUGUUCAUCACGCCUGGCCGCUAUUAAACACUUUCGACUUUCACACGCAAAAACAUCAAUAAUGUGCACUAUAUGUAACACUCUCUUCCAUAAGUCAUCCGAUCUGAUGGUUCACUAUUAUUUUCGGCAUCCAAAUACAACGCCGCCAAAGCUAACACACGUGACCGACCAGAGUGUAAAUGAUGUCAACGAAAAUGUUGAAAAAGAAAAAGAGAUAGAGAUGAUUGACGAAGAGAACGAUUUUGACGAUCUGAUCACAUUGAAUAGUAACGGAAUAGAAACACAAUGGCGGUUUCCACCAAACAUGAACUAUUGCCCGGUUUUAAACUGCCGCAUACAAUUUGGUAUUCGAUAUGAUGCAGUACAGCAUUAUAAAAAAAGGCAUGCAAAUCAAGCAAUUCUCUGCAAUAUUUGCAAUAAACCGAUCAGCACGAAGAGUACCUACGAAUUCAAAAAACAUUAUUCCAAGUUGCAUCCAAAUACUGAUCUGCCUUAUGGACUGACUGAACUACCUCCUAAGCCGUGUGGCUUGUCCAACAAAAAGAAAAAGGUCAAGGUUGCAGUGAAAAAUAAGAAUUGUAAGCCAGCGCAAACAGAUGAUGCAAAAAGAAAUUCGAAGGAAACUGUUUCAAUCAAUUCGACUGAAACAUCGAAAAAAAAGACGCACACAAUCAAAGCACAGUCUCAAAAACGUUGGGAAAAUCAUCAGCAUCAAGAUGCUCAUUUUAUUGAUGGGAUUCAGUGUCCAUUAAAGGCAUGUAACUUUGAAGCAAAUCAACUGACCGACAUACGUAGUCAUUGGAACGAAGCACACGGCGAAUAUGACUUCCCAGAAAUUCGAACUGGUAUCGUAUUCACUUACAGAACCAUACAAAAUGACAACCCAGAAAAUUUUGAAUCAAAUGCAUCAUCGAUAGCAAUGUCACCAGAGGUUUCUGCACGAAACCAAAAUACUACUCAAUCACUUUCAAAUCAACAUGAAACGUCAAAAGAUGCUUCACAUCAGAAUGUAUCAAAAUCUAGCUCAGAUUUAUUGACGCCACUAAGGAUGGAAUCUGAUGACCAAUUUUCCAGCGAUUCCAAUGGAAUAUUCAAGUGCACCGAUUGUAGGUAUACUUCGAAGUUUGUGUUCGCUUUAAAGAAGCAUCGGCAAAACAAACACCAGGGGCCGAAAAAGACAAAAACGAAGAAAGAGUCGCCAUAUCCAAGAAUCAGUAGUAGCAGUGACACUGAUAAUGAACGCACCAACAAAGAUCGCGAAUUCAAGAGGCGACGAUUGAUCAAAAAGCAUGCUCGAAGCAUAAAUAAGCGCAACAAUAUCAUUAACAAGUUGAAGUACCGAAAUCCUUUCAAUAAAGAUAAUUGGAACCAAUCGCCGAUUGGUCUACGAAUGGUAAAGGCAGAACCUUUGAACGAGCUACGUCCUCCAAAUAUAGUCAAUGUCAUAUCAACGCGACAAAGUGAAAAUGAAACAGACACCGAUAAAAGACGACGCAUGAGCAGCAACUGAAUUUCAAUUUUUCACAGUUGAUCAUGAAUGGUUAUGGAACAAUAGUUCGCAUUUUGAAUUUGAACAAAGAUUUAUCAUUGAAGAAUGAAGAAAUUAUAUUUAAGAAAAAAAUGAAGAAAAAUUUAUGAAUCAUUGCCAAUCAGAAUUAGAAUAUAGA